AUGCCCAACUUCAAUCCUUCCAUCUACCCAAAUCAUUCCCAAUUCGCUACACUUAGCAACAGCAAAAACAUGGAGGAAGAUCGAGUUGAAGCCUUCUUAAGACUCCUUUUCAACAUCCUAGGCUUCAUCGCCAUGCCCGGCUUCGGGAUGGAGACUCUCAUCUUCCGCAUGGUCGGCCUCAACCCAUCGACGAGCUUCCGCAUGUUUCCUCCGGCAGACAUUGUCCCCGGCCACGAAUAUCCUACAAGCGUGGCCUAA